AUGGAUGAAAGAAAAAGAAAAGUAUCAUUGCGAAUAUGGAUAUUGAUUAUUGCACCUACAACUGUUUUUAUAACAUUCAUCUUUUUGUGCUACUAUCUGAUCAAGAGAAAACCAAAAAAGAGCAAUAAGAGUCUGAAAAAGAGCAAUAAGACUCUCCUAAGAGAAAAUUUUGGUAAAGAAAGUCUCACUUUAGAGCCCCUACAAUUCAAAUUGGCUACACUUAAAGCAGCAACCAACAAUUUUUCAGAUGAAAAUAGGAUUGGCAAAGGAGGAUUUGGAGAAGUUUAUAAGGGAAUUCUUUUUGAUGGACAACGCGUAGCAGUAAAAAGGCUCUCAAAAAAUUCUACCCAAGGUGCAAAGGAGUUUAAAAAUGAAGUUUCAGUUAUAGCUAAACUUCAACAUAGAAAUCUCGUGACAUUUGUUGGUUUCUGUCUUGAAAAGCAAACUAAAAUUCUUAUAUAUGAAUAUGUACCGAACAAGAGUCUGGACUACUUUUUAUUUGAUUCUCAAUUAUCAAAAUUAUUAAGUUGGACUGAACGUUAUAAUAUUAUCAAAGGAAUUGCUCAAGGAAUCUUUUAUUUACACGAACUUUCUCGGCUCAAAGUUAUACAUCGUGAUCUCAAACCAAGUAAUGUUUUGUUAGAUGAAAAUAUGAUUCCAAAAAUUUCAGAUUUUGGUCUAGCUAGAAUCGUUGAAAUAAAUCAAGAUCAAGUCAAUACAAAUAAAAUUGUUGGGACAUUUGGAUAUAUACCUCCAGAAUAUGCAAUGUUUGGACAAUUUUCAGAAAAGUUAGAUGUUUUUAGUUUUGGAGUCAUGGUUCUAGAAAUUAUUACUGGAAAAAAGAAUUUGAGUUCUCACGAACCACAUGUUCAUGAAGGUCUCUUAAGUUAUGUAUGGAGACAAUGGAGGGACCAAACAUGGUUAGACAUAUUAGAUCCAAAUAUCAAAGAAAAUUAUUCAGAAUUUGAGGUUACUAAGUGUAUUCAAAUUGGUUUAUUAUGCGUUCAACAAAAUCCUGAUGUCAGACCUACAAUGACAAAUGUUCUAUCAUACAUUAGUAGUUAUUUCAAUGAACUACCAAGUUCACAAGAACCAGCAUUUUUCUUAAAUGAAAGGACGAAUCCAACAAUAUUUGCUCAGAAAUCAAAUAUUAAUGAACCUAUCAACAACUGUAUUUCAUUCUCUACUAAUAAAAUGUCUGUUAGUGAAUUUUUACCUCGAUAGUAAUUUAUUU